CAUGGCGUAUGGUGCUGCUGGAGAGCCCCCAUGUGUUUCUGCAGCAACUGUAGUCUAAUUGUGAUGUAAAGCAGGCAUCGCUAUCAUUGUAAGCCAUUCGUGUCAAAUACAGUGAAACAGAAAAAUGGGUAAAAAAGGCAAAAAAGAAAAGAAGGUAAAGGGAGCGGAGAAGACGGCCGCCAAAAUGGAGAAAAAGGUGUCCAAACGGUCGAAAAGAGAGGAGGAGGAUCUAGAGGCGCUUAUUGCGGAAUUUCAGCAGUUGGACGCAAAGAAGACGCAGGUAGUAGAGAGCACCUGCCCACCACCCUCGCCCAGGCUCAACGCCUCUCUCUCCGCCCAUCCCGACAAAGACGAGCUAAUACUGUUUGGUGGAGAGUUUUUUAACGGGAAAAAGACUUACCUGUACAAUGACCUGUUCAUGUACAACAUCAAGAAGAACACAUGGGCGAAGCUGGAUAUCCCCAACCCCCCUCCUCCACGAUGUGCUCACCAGGCAGUGGUGGUGGCUCAGGGAGGGGGCCAGCUGUGGCUGUUUGGUGGGGAGUUUGCCUCCCCUGACGGAGAGCAGUUCUACCACUACAAGGACUUGUGGGUGCUGCACCUCAAUCCCCUCAAAUGGGAGCAGAUCAAAACUCCAGGCGCUCCUUCAGGUCGCAGUGGCCAUCGGAUGGUUCUGUGUAAACGGCAACUGCUGGUUUUUGGAGGCUUCCAUGAGAGCACCAGGGACUACAUCUACUACAACGACGUGCACUGCUUCAGUCUGGACUCGUUCAGCUGGACUCGUCUGGCCCCGUCGGGCUCUGGCCCCGGUCCCCGCUCCGCCUGCCUGAUGACCGCCACUCCAGACCACUCCGGCCUCGUCGUCUACGGGGGCUACUCCAAAUCUAGGGCCAAGAAGGACGUGGACAAGGGCGUUAUCCACUCAGACAUGUUCCUGCUCAAGAGAGACGGCAAAGACGACCAGGAGAAGUGGGCCUGGUCCCGUGUGAGCCCUGGGGGGGGUGUGAGGCCGGUUCCCCGCUCCGGCUUCACGGGGGGAGUGUGUGUGGGCGCUGGGGCGCGCGCCCUGCUGUUUGGGGGCGUGUGUGACGACGAGGACGAGGAGACGCUGGAGGGAGAGUUCUUCAAUGACCUCUACCUGUACGACAUCACCAAGAACCGCUGGCACCCUGCCCAGCUAAAGGGCACCAAAUCCGAGCGGAAAAAGCGGCGGCGGGGGAAGAGAGCAGGAGGCGGAGAGGGAGACGGGGGUCAGUCGGAGGAGAAGGCCGAGGAGGACGGCGCGUCGCCACAGGAGCCUACGGAGAUCAUCAAGGAGAUCGUCACGGAGGACGGCACCGUCAUGACCAUCCGGGAGGCGGUGCCCGUGGCCAGGGCGGAGUCCGAGAGCGAGGACGAGGAGGAAGACGAGGAGGAGGAAGAUGAGGGGGCAGCGGCGGCCUCGCUGGUGGAACCCUGUGCCCGCUCCAACGCCAUGGCAACGGUGAAGGGGGGCCGGCUCUACCUGUACGGCGGCAUGUUUGAGGUGGGAGACAAACAGGUGACCCUCGCCGACCUCUACAGCCUGGACCUCCACAAGAUGGACAAAUGGGACGUCCUGCAGGAGAUGGACCCCAAGGCUCAAGAAUGGCUGGAGGAGUCUGAUGAGGAAGAUGAGGAUGACGAGGACGGGGAUGAAGAAGCCAGAGGCGGAGAGAGUGAGGAGGAGAGUGAGGAAGAGGAGAGCGAGAGUGAAGAAGAGGCUGAUCACCCAUGCGUGCAGGCUGGUGAGUCUCUGGAAGAGUACCAGCGCCGGACAGAAGCGUACUGGCUGAAGCUGGCACGGGCCAACAUGGGACAGGAUGCCAAGGACAAGAAGGUGCAGAAAGUGUCUGUAGCCAUGGCCAAAGUCUUCUACGAGGACCAGUGAGAGCUAUGACGUGUGUGUGUGUGUGUGUGUGUGUGUGUGUGUGUUUACACGGAAGUGGAUUUUUGUACGGUUUGCACGCCUGUGUGUGUAUGGCUGUAUUGCCAAACAUUUGUAUCUGCAGAUGGUUGGUGUAUUAAAGACUUUAUGCCAA